UUCUUCCUCCCCUGGUGCCUGGCAGAUCCGUUCACGGGGUCUCUUUUGCUGUGGAAGAUGGCGACACCAGGGAUGAGCUGGCAGCAGCACUAUUACAGCGGCAGUUCUUCGACCAGCACUGGGAAAUUCAACGCCAGCUCGUCUUCCUCAGCGAUGUCCUCCCAUUUCGGCAUGGAAUACAACCAGGAUCUCCAUCUCAAAAUGAGCAAGAAAAUAGCUCAGCUAACCAAGGUAAUAUAUGCUUUGAACACAAAAAAUGAUGAGCAUGAAGUUGCUAUGCAAGCUCUCAAGGAUGCUCACGAAGAAGAAAUUCAACAAAUUCUUGCAGAAACCAGAGAAAAGAUUUUGCAAUAUAAGGGUAAAGUUUCUGAAGAAAUGGAUCUAAAAAGAAAAAUCCAGGUUUUAGAAGAGUCGUUAGAAGAUCACAAAAAGAUGAAGCAUCAAGCCUUAACUGAAUUUGAGGCUUAUAAGGACAGAGUUGAGGAUAUGCAACUCUGUGCAGAAGCUCAGCAUGUCCAGCGUGUUGUAACUAUGUCACGUGAAGUGGAAGAAAUUAGAAAGAAAUUUGAGGAAAGAUUACGAAGUUUUAUACAACAGCAGUUACAAUUUGAGAAAGAUAAACGUUCAGCUCUGGAAGAGCUGAAAGCUGCACAUAGACUUGAGGUCCAAGAACUUAUGAAGACACAUCAAAAUCAAAAUGUUACUUUAAGCAAAGGUCAGGAAAAAAUAGAAGAAUUGCAUAGGCAGGAUGUGGAACAGUUGAAUGCUAAAAUAGAAGAGCUAAGAAUAGAAAGAAAAAAACUUAUUGAGGAGUAUGAAGGUAAACUCAGCAAAGCUCAAUCUUUCUAUGAACAUGAACUUGAUACUAUGAAAAGAUCACAAUUGUUUACAGCCGAAAGCCUGAAAUCCUGCAAAGAAAAGGAAGUAGAACUAAGAAAGGAAUUUCAGAGUCAAGAAUCAGUUAUACGAAAAAAUCUGGGGAAACUUAAAACUGAGUUGCAAAUGGCUCAGGAUGAAGCAGGGGCUCUUCGAGAAAAAUGCCAGAAGCUUCAAGUGGCUCUAAGUACCUCAGAAAACAGUGUGCAGACUCUUCAAAAACAACUAGAUGAUGUCAAAGAGGAAGAAAUGUCAUUGUUAAGCAAACACAAAGAGGUUGAAAUUGAGUUAGCAGCUGCAAGAGAGCGCUUACAACAACAAGCCACAGACCUAGUGCUAAAAGCUAGUCAUGUUGGAAUGCUCCAAGCUACUCAAAUGACUCAGGAAGUUACAAUAUCUGAUUUGGAAUCAGAAAAAUCCAGAUUAAAGGAGAAAUUGUCUCAGCUGGAAGAGGAAAGAAAUGUGUUACACAGUAAAACACAAAGUCUGGAUGAAAGACAAAGGCAGCAACUUCUUAUACUGGAGAAGAGAGUAAAUGAAGCAAGGGAAACACAACAAGAAUAUUAUGAAAAGGAGCUAAUGAAAUUGCAAGUUAAACUAGAAGGAGAGACUACGCAGCUAAAAGAAGUUCAUUCCAAGGCUUUGGAGGAGUUGGCAUGGAAACAUAAUACUGCUCUUGAAGCAGCACAUAACAAUGCUAGCAAGGAAAAAAAGAAACUGCAAAUGGAGCUGGAGCAGCAAUUUGAGAAAGAGAAACAAGGUUUUGAAGAUGAGAAGAAUCAACUCCGACAGCAGUUGGCAAGCCUAAGGGAAGAACUGACAACCAAAUUGACUUCCUCCAAUCAGGAGGUGGAGCAUCUACAGGAUGUCUUAAAAAAAAGUGAGCAGGGCCUUAGUACUGCAGAAGGACACAUUUCUAGCCUUCAGGAAACCCAAGAAAUAUUGCAAAAAGAAUUAGAAUUAACCCAGACAAAACUGAGAGAAGCCACUGACUCCUUGUAUAAUGUUGAGGGGGAGUUAAACCAGGAGAGACAGCACCAUGAAGCAAUGAUUGUAACCAUGAGGGAAGAGGAAAAAUUAAAACUCGAUAGAAUGGCUCGUGAUCUGGAAAUAAAAUGGACAGAAAAUCUUCGGCAAGAAUGUACAAAACUUAGAGAGGAAUUGAGACUUCAGCAUGAAGAAGAUAAAAAGUCAGCAAUGACACAACUCUUGCAGCUAAAGGAGAGAGAGAAAAAUGCCGCCAGAGAUAGCUGGCAGAAAAAAGUGGAAGAACUUUUGGAUCAGAUCACUCUGCUAAAGCAAAACCUGGAAAUGCAGCUUUCACAGUCUCAGAACACAAUGCAACAGUUGCAGGCACAGUUUAGUCAAGAGCGGCAGAGACUGACCCAAGAAAUUGAAGAACUGGAGGAAGAGCAUCAGCAGAGACAUAAGUCCAUGAAAGAAGCACAUUUCCUUGCCUUUCAGAGCAUGGAAGAAACAAAAGAACAAGAGCAAAAGGAACUUGAGGAACGCUUGCAACAGAAGUAUUCCGAAGAACUUCAGGCACUGAAAGAUGUACACAGACACGCUAUGGAUGUUUUCAAAAUAGAAAUGGAACAGGAAGUGCAGACUCUUCGCUUUGAAUUGGAAGACGAAGGGAAAGCAAUGCUUGCAUCUUUGCGCUCUGAACUAAAUCAUCAACAUGCUGCAGCAAUUGAUCAGCUCAGGCACAAUCAUCAACAAGAAGUAGCAGCAGCUAAAAUGGAACUUGAAAGAAGCAUAGAACUCAGCAGGCAUCAGGAGAAAGAAUUUAUGUGCCGAAUAUCAGAUGUACAGGAUGAACUGAGGCAUCGAGACUACCAUAUAUCAGAAUUGGAUAAGGAAACACUUGCUUUGCAUGAGAACAUAAGUGCAUUAACUAAGGAAUUGGAGUUCAAAGGGAAGGAAAUUCUACGAAUACGUAGCGAAUCUAAUCAGCAAAUUAGGCUACAUGAACAAGAUUUAAGCAAGAAACAUGAAAAAAAGCUGGAUGUCAUGACAGCUGACCACAUCAGAGAGAAACAAAGUAUGCUGGCAGAUUUUAAUAAGACCCAACAGCUGCUCAAGGAAAUUAAUUCAGCUUUGCAAGUUUCUAAUUUCGUGAUUUGUACACUCCCUUCCCUACAUGUGUUAUUUUUAAUGCAGCAAAAGAAGAAGAAUGAUAGAUCAGCAAACAGGUUUGUGAGUGUCCCCAAUCUAAGUGCUUUGGAAUCUAGUGGAGUGGGCAAUGGACAUGCUAACCGCCUGGACCCUAUUCCUAAUUCAUCCAUCCACGAUAUUGAGUUCAACAGCAGCAGACCACUUCCACAGCCAAUACCACCCAAAGAGCCCAAGAUGGUUUUGAGCCCUCCUCAGACUGAAGCUUCCCCAAUGGCUUCACCAGAUCCACAACGUCAGGAAUGGUUUGCUCGUUACUUCACAUUCUAAGAGAUUAUUUUGAAUGGCACAGCAUGGUGUGGACUGUACUGUUCAUAAUAGCAUGACCUUAAAAUAAACCCUUAUGUGAAAUAAGCUUCCUUGUAAUAUGUCAAACACUGUGAAUGAGAACGUAUUUGUCUCUCUGAUUUGAAAAUGCACUCUAUUUUAUGUGAUACUUGUUGGAAUCACUUGACAUAGUUAUAUAAAUGUGCUUAAUGACACUUAUUUUUAUUUAAAAUUGAAAAGUAUUUAAACUUUGUAAUUAUUGCAUAAUAAAAUUUCAUAGAAGAAAUGCAAUCUUUCUUCCACUUUUCCUAUAAAUAUGUAUUUUCUUUAGUUUCAGGGAAGGUUUUCACAUCCCAUUUCUCUCUCAAAUGCAAUUAAUUGCAUGAUUAUUAUAUAUUAAAAUGUUAACAAUUUAAAAAUCAGGCAAUGGCAAAAUAUGUUUAAAUCCAUAUAUUUUUAAUUAACUUAAGAGAAUUGACUUUAAAAAUUGUGGUUUAUUCCAAAAGUGGGGAAGACUGCUAAAUUAUAAUAAUAUAUAAAGCUAGGUGGUAAUAAGAUUAUAGUAAGAAAAAUAACAAGUAUUUUAAUGUUGAAGUUCAUCAACUUUUGUCAUAAAUAUUUUAUAAAUAUAUGCAGAAACAAUGCUCUUUAGACAUUUAACAUUUGGGGUUACUACAUUAGGUAAUGCUAUAUUAAUAAAGUGAAAUUCAUGGAAAGCUGCAAUUUGAGGAUAUUAUCCUUUGGACAAAACUCAGGCAUUAAUAAAAAAUAGUUCUAAACAAAAUAAUUAUGCAUAAUAAAGCAUGCAAAUCUUUCAUUAGAGCUCCAGCAUAAAUGUUAACAUUUUUCUCUUCCAUUACAAAAUUAAGCCAUGACCACGCAAUCUUUUUCAACUGGAGAAUGUGCCUGAUUUUCCACUCUAUUACACCUGUCUUAUAAUUGUGCAGGUUUUCUGAGAGAAAAGAUGUAAUAUACUGGCAAAUCUGGUUUUUAUAUAUUUUGUUGAUACUAUUGCUGUUAUUUCCAAGAUUACCACAAUAAAACUAACACUGGUAAUCUCAGGGAGAAACUUUUGUUUUAUGAAUGUACUUUUAAGAUCUGAUCUUUGUAUGCAUAAAAGGGGAGUUAGGGAGAUUGUGUGGUUAUUUUAAAAACAGUUUUUAUUCUUAGAUACAAAAAUAUAGCUCUUCAUUAUUUCUGCUAAAGCCUGACUGCGUCUUCCCAUUAUGCAACAGCAUAAUCAACCAAUGGUACCACCAAUAAUAUAAUGAGUUUUAUAUGUAGCAUAUGUACAAAACUUUGUAUGUUUUCAUAUAAAAUAUCCUAAUCAAACUUUUCAAAUUGUAUCUCCUGUAAACUCAUCCUGAAUGCUUCACUGGAAGCAAUGUUCUAAUGCUUUCCUGAUAAUCUAAAACAGUAUUUGGCAGAUAUUCUAUGGUCUAUGUAAAGGUAUAUACAGCCUUUUCAUUAGAAGAAAGCCAUAUUAAGUUAAAGUUGGAUUUCUUGGCUGUUCCUUAUAAUAAA